AUGAGUUCACAAAAGCUUUCUGGAGACAUCGUGUACGACACAAAACAAAAACCAGACACAAAACAAAAACCAGUCAUUCCAAGAAGAUCGAACAAGGAACCGAAGCACAACACCUUCGCGUCAUGUUUCAAGCCUGAAGACAUACAAGUAGCACUCCUCGUUCCCCCAAAUGAAGUCUUCGCCGAAAGUGGAGCUAUCAAUAGGGCGUUUGUGGAGAGCAUUGCCGGGAAGAAUGGUUCCAAGGUGAAAAUAACGAACAAGUUUCCGGAAGAUCAUCCAGCGGAGAGAGUGGAGCGAGUGAUGUCCACUCAAGAGACAACACAGGGUGUCUUCGAGAAACUCUCAGUGCAUGAUCAUGCUUUCCUCAAGCAGAUCAUCUCUCCCAACGAGACGUUCCUUGCAGAGUUGAAAACUGUUGGCUUCUUAGGCUUUCCCAACACGAACGAAGAGCUUGCUGGCAAAGGAAAUGUCGUCCUGACAGACAAGAACUUGUACUUCUACUGGCACCAAGCCAGGUUUGAGGCGUCUGCCAACGAAAGCAUUCAAGGGACCACCUGCUGCUGCUUCCCACCAGGAUGGUGCGGUUGCCUCGAAUGGUGCAGAUUUGCUUCGGGAAGCUACUCGCAUGUGGGAGUGAGGGAGGCUGAGGACAAGAUCACUUCCAUCCCCAUCAGCUACCUCACUCCGGGGGGAGUCAAGUGUGAGCGCUCAGAUCGCCUCAAGGUGUCGAGAAAGCUGACUGGGGCAACCAUAGAGGCGAGGAUCAUCAAGAACAUCGACAAUGGCUUAGCCCACGGCGAAAGGGUUUGCGACAGCCGACUUCGCGUCAUAAGCGUAAGAUAUAUGGACCUUGCCAGCAACAAGGUGAAGGAAGUGAGCUGCAUCGUUGAUAAAGAAAAUGUUUCCCUCGAGGAUGUCUACAAGUUUACCGUCGCCGUCAAUUCCCAUUGCAAGGCCCAAGAUUACCUCGAUAUCUUUCGUCAGACAAACACGAUGACCUUCUCGGACUCAGGGAGACUGCAAGGACUGCGUGACAACAUCAUGGAGAAGCGCAUGAUGGCCAACCCUGUGACUGCUUCGUUGAAGUUCUUCUCCAACAUUUUGAGGACCUAA